AUGGAGUACUUACGACUUGGCUGUUUACAAGAUGGAUUAAAACAGGAAUUGCAACAUGAUGCAUUAAGCCAACAAAUAACAAUACCACAACAAUUUUUUAAUAUUAUGCAACAACAUGAACAUAUUCAAGUCAGAUUAUCAAAUGUGCAGCUCAAUGACUUAGGGUCAGCAGCGACAAUACAAGAAACAUCGACUAUAAAUGGUGUCCAACAAUCAAAUACAACAUCAAUCGGCCGUUCACAACAACAGCAGUCAGCUCAUACCUCACUAUCAACAAACAAUCGUCCACAAAACUCAAAUAGUAAUAAUCAGCAAUAUAUUAAUUUCAACACACGUCCACGAUAUUAUAAUCAACAAUCUGGUCCAGUACCAAUACAAUUUGAUGAAGAUACAGAAAAUGUUGCUUUUGAUAUUAAACUUCUUCAUCCAAUUACAUUAGGUCCACGACAAGAAUGUGAGGUUGAAAUGCAAGUUCCCAUUUCAACAGCUGACACAGUUAUAUUUCAUCCAAAACAACAACUUCAACAUAAUCCGACAACUUUGAUGCCACAUGCAUUACUAAAAAUUACAAAUUAUACGACAAAAUUGACGGUAAUCAAUCUAAAUGAUCAUCCAAGAUAUAUUCCACAAAAUACCAGAUUAGAUGUUAUUACCUAUGCUCCAUCUAAUGAACAAAAACAACAAGUAUAUCCAAUGUCAUUGAAACCUCGAACAUUAUUUAAUUUAUCAAAAAUGACAAUAGCAAAUACACAAAUUCGACAUGUAAUUUGCACGGGAGAUCAUAAUCCGAUUAGUUCCAGUCCACAUUCAGGAACUAUUCGACAACAACAAAUAUUAGCAGAGCACAUUCAAUAG